AUGAGUGCACAGCAGACAAAGUUUAAUUUCUACGAGUUGCCAAACGAGACUACUGUCGAAACAUCUUCAAAUCAGCCUGGAAAUCCCGAAGUGGUUCACCCUGGGCUGCCCGAGUUUCCCCCGUCCCCGUUGUGGCUUUUCGCGCUGAAAACCACACUCUGCCUGGCUGUGUUGUUGGUUACAAUUACUGGUAACUCACUGGUAGUGAUAUCCUUCAUCAAGUUCAGGAAACUACAGACAUACUCUAACUACUACAUUGUUACUUUAGCGCUUGCUGAUCUCGCCAGUGGCAUCACACCCAUUAUCUUAAACGUAGCUUGGCUGAUUGGCUAUUGGCCAUUCGGCAACGCAGUAUGCAUAGUGUCUGUCUUCUUGAAUACGGUUUUCGUACACACGACGUUUCUACUAACCUUCAUCAUCUGUGUGGAUCGCUACCGAGCCUUGUGUAUGCCUCUUAAACACCUCCGGGAGAAGAACCGAAGACAUGCUGCCCAGAUGCUACUGCCGGGUAUCCUCUUCCCAUUUCUCUUGUGGUCCGUCGUCAUACUAAUUCUGCCUCAAAUGGGCGUUUUUAGACCAAUCCAGCCGUUCAUGUGUUACAUACCAUACGCAAGUAACAAAGCAGUACUACUGGGUGCAUCCAUUGUAGUAUCAUGGAUACCGAUCGUGGGCACAUCUUGUCUUUAUUCCCUUAUUUUCUUCAAAGUUAUCCGUCGACGACGACAGAACGGUUGCUCUAAACCAAAAGUAAAGGCAAACAGUGCGGCAAAAUACGGCACCGAGGCCGUCCCUGAAAACGCGUCCGUUCAACAACCCAACGGCCCGGUUCAACGAUCCAAUGGCCCCGUUCAACAACCCAACGGCCCCGUUCAAAACGCGUCCGUUCAACAACCCAAUGGCCAAAUUCAACUACCUAACGGCCCCGUUCAACAACCCAACGGCCCAGUUCAUCUACCUAACGGCCCCGUCCAACAACCCAACGGGCCCGUUCAACAACCCAACCACACCGAUGAGCCAGUGACGGGCAAAGAACAAAACGAAAAUCCAAACAACAUCGAGAUAGUUAUGAGAUCCAUUGGUGUGUCUCAACAGACGCAAGUACCUAGUCUACAAAGCACCUACCGACUUAGAAGUGUCAGCAGCAGACGAGCAACUCGCACGCUGUCGUAUAUCAUCGUCGUCAUGGUCAUUUCUGGGACCCCGUACUCAAUUUACUCUCUUCUUUCAAGCAUCUGGCCUGAUCUACCCAAAACUCACACAAUAAGCUGGAUUCAGGGUCAUACUAACCCGGAAAUGGGUCAGGCCCCACGGGACCUGGAUCCGGGUAAAUUCUAA